AUGCUGAGGUCGACCUACAAGCCAUCCGCAAAUACUGCGGCCCCUCCACCGCUUCUUCCUGGAUGGACGGAGCACGACGCGCCAAAUGGCCACAAAUAUUACUACAACGCCGAGACCAAGGAAUCGACAUACAAGAGACCGAGUGCGCCCGACGUCACUGCUGCCCGCGGGCCUGCGCCCGGGGCUGCCUCGACAAGCUUCUUUCAGUACCAAACCAUUCCCCAGCUGUCCGACCCGAACGUUGCGAAUGCAUAUCUGGCACAGUACAACGCGCAAAACCAACCGCCAGCGCAGCGAGGAGGCUUCGGCCAUGGAGGCAGGGGAGGCAGAGACGGACGCCCACGUCCCGAGCCUAUAGACAAGCCCAGGUCAAAAGCCCCGAUACCCGGAUGCGAACCUUGGAUUCUCGUCGACACCAAAUAUGGGCGUCGCUUCGUCUACAACCCCGAGAAGAAUGCCAGCUACUGGCGCAUUCCAGACAAGCUGAAAGCCGGUAUUUUGGAGCUCGACCAAGCCAGGAUUCGCGCGAAGGCCGGCAUCAAGAGUGCCCCGACAGAAGAAGAAGGGAAGGAUAGCACGCCCACAGCUCAACCGAGGCCCCAGCAAGAGGCUCCAGUGGCUCCAACGUAUGACGACAAUGACGACAGCUCAGAGUACGAGGAGGUCGAGGUCACGGACGAUGAGGCUGAGGGCGAAGAUGGCGAGGACGGGCACACUUCCAAGCGUCAGCGCACAGAAGAUGCAGCCGAUGACGCUCCGGUGGAGUUCAGCGAAGCAGACAUUGCAUUCCAGCUCCAAGCGAUGGGUGAAGCAUACGGGCUCGACCCCGGAGAAUACGACGACGGACAUAUGGACGAGUGGCCAGAAGGCGCGGAAGGGGUAGAGUUUUCACAGGAUGACGCCGCCGCACUCUUUAGGGACCUGCUCGACGACUUCAACGUCAACCCAUACAGCACCUGGGAUAAGCUGAUUGAGGACGGACAGAUCAUCGAGGAUCCGAGAUACACGUUGCUCAACACCAUGAAAGCACGAAAGGAGACCUGGCAAGAAUGGUCAAAGGACAAGAUUAGAGAGCUGAAGGAACUUCGGGCCAAAGAAGAGAAGAAAGACCCCCGGAUACCCUACAUGACACUACUGCAGGAAAAAGCGUCGCCCAAACUCUUCUGGCAAGAGUUCAAGAGGAAAUAUCGGAAGGAACCAGCCAUGACGGAUCCCUACGUCAAGGACAAGGACCGUGAGAAGUGGUACCGGGAGCACAUCAACCGUUUAAAGAUGCCCCAAACAGCGCUCAAGUCUGAUCUCGCCACGCUUCUGAAGUCACUCCCACUCUCUGCACUGAACACUAAGACGAGCCUAUCACGCCUACCACCGCAGCUGCUGGUUGACAUCAGAUACAUCUCACUGCCACCACAGGUGAGAGACCCUAUGAUUGAGGCGUACAUCCAGACCCUGGGACCGCCGCCUGAGGGUGAGGCCAGCGAAGGGGAGGACGAGGCGACUCGCAAGGCUAGGGAGGCCAGAGAGCGGAGAGAGAAGGCGUUGCGGGAGCAUGAGGAUAAGGUUGCGGAGCAAAAAAGAAGACAACAGCGAAGCCUCGAGAUGGGCCGAGCCAGGCUGCGGGAGGGAGAGCGCGAGAUUGAGCAAGCGAUGCAGGUCGGCAAGCGUGGACUGCAAAGCCAGCUGGCGAGCGCCCAGAAAAAGGAUCAACCUGAUGCAUAA